CCACUGCAAAACUACAUUAUACAAUAUGCUUUAUGAAAGGAACAUUUAGGGUCUGGUCUUUUGUGCCUAAGACGGAAUUAGUCAGGUUACAUUUUAAUAGUUUAACUACGCAGUGGUGUCAUCUCUAGCAGCAACCGAGGGCAGCACGGAGGGGUGCAGCGUGCUGACGUCACACCUACGUGCCUCUUGCCACAGCUUAACAGAAGAAACCACAAUCAGUCGGCCAGUCAGCGGUGUGCAUCCAUGUUGGCAACCCGCGGUGGAGAGCAGACACCCUGCGGCAAACACACUUGAUAGUCCGGGUGAACACGGCCACCUGCUUAGUGUCCUAAAUUCUUUUGGUUUCUCUAUGUUGUCGUCCUUUGUUUCGUUUUCCUGAGUCCUCUCCUCCCUCAGCACCAGGGAGUGAUGGGGGAAUGAUCAACACCGACUCUCCUCCGCCGUCGCCGCCGCCUCCUCUUCCUCCUCCUGCUCCUCUGUCAGUAGGUCUCCGUGUCCCCUGUCAGCCGUCGGAGCUGUGCGCAGGAUGCGGGUCCCGCUGCUCGACCAGGCUGCGGUGUUUGCGGCCCUGUUGGCGCUGAGCACCUGCCUGACAGGAUCACAUCUGUGCCCUCGGAGUUUAGAUUGUGCCCGUGCAGGGCGGGACUUCUGCCAGCCCGGCAGCUCACACUGCGGCCCCUGCCUGCGCCCUCUGGUGGAGGACUACCAUGGCCGCUGUGUGGUCAAAAGGAGGCAUGCUCCUCACUCUAUUAAAGGUAAGGUGAACACUUACCCUGAGCUGGAUGAGGAGAUCGACUUCCUCUCUGCCAUCAUCAGUGAACAGAGAACUGAGACCAGGCUGUCAGCUCCACCCUCCCAAGAUGCCUAUAAACCCAAAUCCAAGCAGCUGGGUGGACACGGCCCCGCCCACACAGCAUCUACCACAGAGCAACCAAGGAGCCAGAGCGUCCCGAUCACCAGCGUGGCGCCACCCUCCACCUCCACAAACCAUACUCCUGCUCUGCUCAGCAAUCCCAUCAUCUUCCCCUACCCCUCUAAUGACCGAGUUUUUAUCAUCAUGAGCAGCGUCUUCAUUGCGGCAGGUUCGCUGGCUUUGAUCGUAGCAGGGGCCUUUUGGGUCAGAUUGCAGAAAGGUGUGCGUCUGACAGAGAAGGUGGACUACCCUGCAUAUAGACUGAUGAAAGCUCAAGCCUUUGACAAUUUGCCUGGGGACAAGAAGCUGGCCCACAGUGCCCAGAUGUAUCACUACCAGCACCAGAAGCAGCAGAUGCUCUCCCUGGAGAAACACAGAGAUGAGCCAAAAGUUCCUGACUCAGGCGCAUCAACAGAUGAGGAGAAUGAGGACGGAGAUUUCACAGUGUAUGAGUGUCCUGGAUUGGCACCUACAGGGGAAAUGGAGGUGAAGAACCCGCUGUUUGACGACUCCACCCUUUACCUUCAGAGGUUCCACAAGUGAGCCUGGACAUUCACACUCUGAAUACAGCAUUUGUGUGUACAAAUGGUUGAAUUUACACACACUCCACAUAUGCUGCUGUGUUCAGUCCAACCCUUUGAAUGGACAGGAUGGAGGGUGUAAGGUACAUGGAGUUCAUGGACAUUUAAAGGACAUCAGUGCUGGUGUCUUGUGUGAAGCAGGACUGCAACUGGGACCAAUGCCUCCCAUGCUACAGCCACAUCCUUUCCUUUUUUUUUAUGUCAUCAUUCUUUUUUUCUGUUUUCAUACACAAAAAUACAAUCAGCCAAUAUGGAAGAACUCAUAAUUACUUCUGACAGGUAGCAGGCACGCACACCCAAUAUAAUAUCCUGUGGUAAUAGAACAGAACACAGACAGUUGUCAUUGAGCUAUGACUAAGUAUUUCUAUCAGUUUGAUAGAUCUCCAUUAAUAUCUAUGAUUACUAAUCAGUAAAUUAUCCCUAAUUCACCGAGUUCUCCCUGCAGGCUUUGGUUUUAUUUCAGCAUUUUUUUAAAAAUGUGAUUUUAAUAUUUCAUGAACACCCUGUGAUCUUUCUCAGUGUGUUAUGUAGCCAUUGUGUUCUAAGUCUAGUUCUUCUAUGCAUGAAUUGAUGACGCCGUGUUAUGAAACCUGAGAGUCAAUAUGCAUUUACAGUUCUUACAAGUUUCUUGUGCAAACUUGCUGAUACACAAUGAUUUCAAAGGAAUUUGAAACUUCUUUACCUAGAACUCUGAAACAGAGCGAGCCCAUCUUGUAUAUAUAUAUAUAUAUAUAUGGUAUCUCACUAACAUGGCUUGUCCCCAUGGUUUUGUGAUCUGUAAAUAGCUGCUAACGUGUACAGGGAAGAGAUCUUACCUCUCAGUGUGUUAGUACACAUGUUCCUUUAGAUUGCUGAGUGCUGUGACAAAUCUUAAACUGUUGUUUGUUUCCUUAUUGUUGACUAUAUUUACAGGGUUCCUACACAUGUGGAAAGGACAGGAAGUCUCAGAAAAGACGUGAUGUCCAGGUUAUGAACACAUAUUUGACCCAUUAUAUCUGUUAUUGUGCAGAACAGUUUUUAACUGAAAUGUAAUAGUUUUGUAGAUUAAGGGGAAAGCAGAGAGUAUCCAUGCUCUUUAACACUAUGACACCUCCCAAGUGUUAAUUAGAAGUGAAUAGGCAAUGUUAAAGUCUUCACCCAGCAAACAUGACAAAGGGGCCUAAAGGUCUCUGUAAGUAUAAAGCUGAUUACAUCCAGCCCAGUCUCCAGAAUACAUGUUGGUAUUGUAUGUUUCUGCAAACCAUGGAUAAACUACAUUUGCACAAUAUUAUGUAGCGGAUAUGUUGAAACUUUACUUUUCAACAACGCUGUGGUUAACAUGCUGUUAUAUUUAAGCCCAUGGUUGGGAAAAGAUCAUGUUAUGGCCUAAAAUACCCAGUUUCAGUGGCACUAUCCUGGCAAGAAGUGGAGCGAUGUCUCAGCUAAUUUUCAUGUUUUGUUGAAAAACAACCGCUUUUCGUAGCACUGUCGCGCCAGGAAACUUAGUGAUGUCUCGAAAGAAAACAACAGAUUUUUGUAGCACCAUCCCUGCAAGAAACGCAGCAUUGUCUUGGUUAAAAAAAAACUGCUUAUAGUGGCAUUAUCCUGACAAGAAAUGAGCGAUGUCUCCGUAAAAAACAACUGAUUUUCAUGGAACUAUCCUGUCAAGAAGUAAAAAAUUUUGUCCCACUGUCAUGGCAAGAAACGCAGCAGUGUCUUGGUGAAUAAUAACUGCUUUUUGUGGCACUAUCACCUUAGGAAACUCAUUACUAUUCUGGCAAGAAACGCAGCAGAGUUUCAGCUAAAAAACAAAAACGCAUUUUGUGGCACAAUUCCGGCAGGAAACGUAGUAAUGUCUCUGUGAAAACAACACAUUUUUGUGGCACUAUCUUAGCAAGAAAAGCAGCAAUGCCUCAGUAAAUGUUUCAUGGUUCUAGCCCCAGUGGAAACACAGCGAUAUCUUGUUAACAACUGGUUUUGCUGUUGAGGAACAGUGGUAUGCAGCUUAGCAGACAUCUUGCCUAGGUGUCAAGCCAUCCCCUCCACCCUCCUAAUGACAAAGUCAACUUAAAUACUACACUUUAGACACUUUUAUGUGAUAUGUAUGAAACAUACAAAAUGUAACUUUCUUUGUGAUUUGCCGAAAUGUACAGUGCUUACAUUUUCCUCUGGCUGCUGGGCUGUUACAUCCAAGUACAACCAAACAAGCAAAAUAAUUACGAUUUUAGCUUUUAAUAUGACAAGACACAUUGUCAUCAAACAGAUCAGUGUAAUAGAAAUCACAAAAAGUGACACGUAGACAAUGUUAAAAUAUAUUUUAAACUAUCUCAGAGAGGAGAGGAGAGUGUAAUAUCAAAACAUUGUCAAGAUUAAAUAGAAAAUAAUGGAAAAGGGAGGAAAAUCCAUUACCUUCAAUAGGCAGGCGAUUUGUUAAGCUUAGCAUAGAGAUUGGAAGCAGGGAGAAAUAGCCUGGCCAUGUCCAAAUUUCAAAAAUAUCCCUGCUAACAUGUAUUGUGCAGAAAUAGGGAGUACACCGAUCGAACUUUUCCGAUACUAAUUUGGUGGCCUGUCAUGACUGAAUGAACAUAACUAAUAGCAGAAAUGCCAAUUUUUUUAGUACUGGAUAUCCUCUGCUUUUACCUUCACUGAAGCUGCUAUCAUCACCUAAAUACUGUAUAGCGGACUGGAUGUGGACAACUGCCUCUCUGUACUUUGUUGAUGGUCAACAUCAUGGAUUGCCCUACUGCAAAUAUCACUGAUCGCAUUCCACACCCAGAAUGAUUCUUCAGCUCCAGUGACAGAUGUUUGGCAAGAAAACAGUGCAGGAACCCUGGAUUUAACUGUGGCCUCUCUCGCUGUCGUCUCUCAGGAAAGCUGCUCUCUCUUCAGCCUGCUCCCACUCUCUCAGCCUCUCAGCUCUCCCACAGUGGAGGAGCAUGUUAAACUCUGUUUGACCUGUACACACCUACAAUAUGUAAAAAAGAAAUAUCUACAGCAGAUACCAGGGAGUAUUAACACCGGAAAUCUUUAACUGUGUUGUAAAGACUGUUUUAUUCAAACCUACUGAGCUUGUGGAACAAAACAAAGGACAGUUCAUGGUUGGAGGUAUGUGUGUCUUGUAAAGGAAUUCUCGAACAAGUAACUACUUAGGCUAACUAUCUUUGAUACAGACUGUUUUCAGACUACAUAGAAUGAGUUCUACACACUUAAGGAGAACCUCUAUACCACCAUGUUUAGCAUGCAUGUGGAUAUACCAGAGCUGAAAUGAAAGAAAUAAAUAUUUAUAUAAUCUGAAGUGAAACAUGGUGUGGUGUGAACUCUUUUUUUCCCCAGAA